AGACAAAAUUCAAAAGGGUGAACACGAGCGAGUGACAGUCAACUUUUCUCAUCAAUGUGGCGCCGGCAGUGAUUAAAUGAUAAAUUGGAUGUAUCCGUGAGCGGAGAUUUUAGUAUAGAACACGAGUUAGAACGUUCGUUUUUCUAAGUAGAGAGAGAGAGUAAACCCAAAUACUAAUACCUUAAAGGUUUUGUGCACGUUGACGCAUUCAGCGAACUUCGUUAAUCUAUUCGAAUGACGAUGACAGUGUACUGACUGUCUCACCGAUUCGGAAGCUAUGGCGAACAUCGCGGCAUUGAGAAUCCAACGCGAAUUUAAAGAGGUUAUAAGAAGCGAGGAGGUUGCAAAAUGUGCAAUCAAAGUCGAAUUGGUAAAUGAUAGUUUUACUGAACUAAAAGGUGAGAUAGCGGGCCCGCCAGAUACACCAUAUGAGGGAGGUAAUUUUGUGCUCGAGAUUAAAGUUCCCGAGACAUAUCCCUUCAAUCCUCCUAAAGUACGAUUCAUAACAAAAAUAUGGCACCCUAAUAUAUCUUCCGUAACAGGUGCUAUAUGUUUAGAUAUAUUGAAAGACCAGUGGGCUGCUGCUAUGACUUUACGUACAGUACUGCUAUCAUUACAAGCUUUACUAUCUGCAGCAGAACCAGAUGAUCCACAAGAUGCAGUAGUGGCUAGGCAAUAUAAAGAGCAUCCAGAAAUGUUUCGUCAAACUGCCAAACAUUGGACAUAUGUAUAUGCAGGUGGACCAGCAAAGAUGCCUGAUUUAGAUGAUAAAAUAAGGCGACUAACAGAUAUGGGUAUUGAGGAACAUAAUGCAAGAGUUGCUUUAUCUUCAUACAAUUGGGAUUUGGAACGUGCCACUGAGCAGCUCUUCAGUUAGUGAUAACUGUAUAGUUAAUCUGUCAUAUAAAAGCACUGCUCAUUUUGUCAUUACAAAACUUCUGUAACACCAUGCCCAAUUACUGAUACCAUAGCAGUUUCAUAAUCAAAUUCAGCACCUGUAACGACAAUAUUUCAAUGGCAAAAAAAUUCACAGGAAAUUCAUUUCAAUAACCUUAAACAAUACUCAUUUAUUUAACGUGUAAAAUAGGCAUGAAGAAACAGUAAUUAAUAAAAUCUAUUAAGUCCAACUUAAUAGCACACUUAAAAAAAACUGUAUGAAAAGUAUGUCAUUCUUCAUCUUACGUUUAUUAAAAGUUUAAAAAUGUUAUUUAAGCCAUAAUGCAUUUAUCAUUUUUUUCUUUUUAACAAAAACAUAGUUUUAUAUGUUAAACAUUUAUUAAAUCUCUUUGUACAAAUUACUGUAUAUUUCUAAAUUUCUUAUUGGGCGUUUCUCUUUAUGUCAUUGUAUUUGGUGAUAUAUUUUUUUCUUUUCAGUGAAAAAAUGUUUGCAUGAAAUAGUACUUAGUAAACUUUUCGUUUUGUUUUUAUAAAUCAAUAUCUACUCUGUAUGCUUUAUUACAUUAAAAUGAAAACCACGAUUAGUUUAUACUUUUAUUAUUAGAUUUUAGUAGAUUUCUUUAAGCCACAAAGAGGUUUAUCUAUUUAGAUCUGAUUGUACAUUAUUGAAAUAGAUACCAACCUGUUAGCGUUAAAAGGGAUUUGUAAAAAAAA